CUAUCAUUUGAAUUUAGUAUCUCGUCUCGUCAUCGAUUACUGGAGUUAUCAUUUGGAGUUAGUGUCUCGUUUCGUCAUCGAUUAUUAGAACCAUUAUUUGAAGUUUGUAUUGUGUAUUGUUAUCGAUUACUGGAGCUGUCAUUUGGAAUUAGUGUUCUUGCUGUGAAUUGUAUAUCACCGUUAUUGGCAGUUGCUGGUGAGACUUUGUGUCAUCAUUUGGUAUGUCGUAUAGUUGUCAUUUUUUGUACGUUAGUAAUGACAGCCUUGGUAGACAAGG